AUACAUAUAUGUAUUUGUGUGUGUGCGCAUGCAUAUAUACAUACACGCAUAAGCGCACAUGCACAUUGUGUGUGGCACGCUAGCGCGUGAAGUGCCUGAUAAUUAUAUUUUCGUUUAGCUUCCUCAUGGACAUCUGCGACGGAUUGAGCUUUGACCUUUCGAAGUUUUCUCGGAUAUUGAGUCAAAGAGGGAAUCUCGCUGCACGGGGCGCGAAGCCACAUGCCAGCAACAUGCUCUUUGAAUAAGAGUAAAUCACAAGGUCUCACUAGAGUUAGUACAUUUGGUAUUUAGAAGUUGUAAUAAAAUCUCCAAUAAUUCCCGUCCUGCUUUAGGUCCAGCAACCGGCAUGAGAUUUCAACCUUCGUUCUCUCACAUGGAUGAUAGGCGUACCAUUAAAAAUGAAGGGAAUGGUAAAGCCGAAGGGAGGUUUUAUAUAAAAGAACGUGCAGUCUCAUCCGAUGGAGUAGUCCCCUAGACUCAGUUCAAGCAAGCUACAUUCCGGCCGGGGAGAUGAACGCCAGUCCCAAUGAAACCACCUCUUGCCUCAAAAUCGGCAUCGAGCAGUGGGCUCCAUACGUAAGCUUCAUAUAUGGAGAGGCACCCAACUAUCAAGUCACUGGUACAUCAGUGGAAAUCAUUGAUAUGAUUUCGCGACAUCUGAAUACUUGCUACGAGUUUGUCGUAGCUAAGGAUCGUGUAUUUGGUACGCAGCUUCCCAACGGGUCAUGGACAGGCUUGAUGGGCCUAAUAACACGAAGGGAAGUGGACAUGACGGCUGUGGUUUUAUCAGUAGACUACCUGCGAGAUCGAGCGGUUGACUUCAGCGUGCCUCUUUAUGUAGACCAACAGGCGGUGGGUUACAAGCGACCUGUCUUCGAAGCUGAUAUGCUAGGAUUCGUUAAACCUUAUACAGACGAGUUGUGGUUUUUGCUGUUGACAACUGUGGUGCUGGUGUUUGGCUGCACGUUCAUGAUUCAGCAUCUUCAGAUCAGGAGGACGUCCAGUGGAAAACCCGGUGAUGACACGGAAAUGACUGAAAAGGAAACCGUGAAAAGCAUGUGGGCUGUGUCCUUGUGGAUUCUCGGCGCACUCCUCGCCCAGUCGGUCCCGUCGGAGUGUAAAGGAAACUCGGUGAGGUUCAUCCGAGGACUGUGGCUCCUCUCCGCCCUCAUCAUCGGCUCCAUCUACCGCUCCAACCUCAAGGCCAUGCUGAUUCUGCCCAGACUGCGCCUGCCUUUCGAUAGCUUGGAGGAGCUCGUGGAGACCGACAUCCCGACUUACGUGUACGAGGAUAGCAUGAUUCACCAAGCCAUCAUGACCGCGGCACCGGGGACUUCCCUCUACAAGCUGAGGAAGCAGGCCCUUGUGCGUAGGGAUGUGUUGACAAUGGUGAACGAGGUCUCAGAGGGUGCCUACGCCGUUUUCUUCGGGAAGAAGGCCUUUGAGUCGAUCAUCCAUCAUAUCUAUGGCACGCAGGGGACAUGCCCUUUGUACAUGGCCAAGGGGACUGUCUUCACCACGAGCCUCUGCCUUGCGUUUCCCAAAGGAUCCCCGCUCGUCAAGAAAGUGAACCCCCUACUCUAUAGGAUGAAGGAAUCUGGUAUCUUAAACCACAUGUACCUUCAUGGCUUGUCGAAUUACACCAAAUGCCUUCAGCCGGGCCUGGUGUCACCCUCGAAAAGCCUCAGACCCUUCGAGUUGGAGGAUUUCUACGGCGUGUUCUGCGUGUACUUUGGGGGUGUGGUCUUUUCGGUGCUCGUGUUUCUCCUGGAGCUGGCGGUGCCUCUCAAGCACUUCAGCUCCAACGUCUGCAGAGGAGGAAAGGCGGAUCGAGGUCACGCAGAGCCCAACCCACCCUCCCUGGCCAGUGCUUGAAUCUCGCAUGACCUAGCCUGACCUCAUACCUACCUACGGAUGAUUCUUCUGGGAUUAAUAUUGCACUGAGGUGUUGUACUGUUUGAAAAUUAGAUGCAAACCAUCGUUAAAAUUUUGUUUUUUGAUUAUGCACAAAUGUAGACAUGGGAUAGGGCAAGUUAAAUUACCUUAGUAAAUAGUCGGUUAUGCAUGUAACUGUGAACAUACUAACUCCAGUCAUAUAAAACAGCACAUAUAUGAAAACGUACCAGAUAGGUGUCACAAGUACGUUUUACUAAUACACAGUGCAAAAGAAGUCGGGUUAAUAAUUAUUAUUAGUUCCAUUCCGUGGACUUCUACUACCUACCUGUAACUUUGUAGAAAAUAAAUUUUUAUUAAGGAUAUACAUAUGUUUGGAAACUUCUGGAAAUAUCAAUUCCUUUGAACACGAAUUGUAUGUGUUGAAUAACAACCUAAUA